AUGGCGCCGAAUCAAGACGUUGAUGUUAUCGAGAGCGCUCCCGCUGCUGUGGCCCACGGCGCCCAGCACGACACAGACGAUGAGAAGCCUGUUCUCAACAAAGGUGGCCAUGGCACUACACAGCGACGCCUGAAGGACUAUCACAUCACCUGGAUUGGUCUCUGUAGUGGCAUUGGUACGGGACUGUUUAUCGGAACUGGUUCUGCAUAUGCGACAGCUGGACCUGCCGGUUUGCUGUUGGCCUAUCUCAUUGUCGGUGCCGUUCUCUGGUGUGUGAUGCAGAGUAUCUCAGAGCUCGCGACAUUGCUCCCCACAGCUGGUUCAUUCCCUCAUUGGGCCACCCGUUUCAUUGACCCUUCAGUCGGCUUCUCACUCGCCAUCUCAUACGGCUACUGCUACACCAUCGCCAUUGCAUCGGAAGCCUCAGCAGCGGCUGUUCUCGUCGGUUACUGGACAGACAUCACCCCGGCAGUUGUCAUCACCGUCAGUCUUGUGCUCAUGCUAUGGAUCAAUUUGAUGAACGUCAGAUUCUUCGGCGAGACUGAAGUUGUCACCGGUGCCAUCAAGGUCCUCUGCUUCAUCGGACUCGUUAUUGUCGCCAUCAUCAUCACCGCCGGAGGUGGUCCUAAUCACGAAUCCAUUGGCUUCCGAUACUGGAACAACCCUGGCGCUUGGGUCGACUACAAUGGCAUCACCGGCUCAACUGGACAUUUCCUCGGUUUCCUUUCAGCCUUUGUCAACGCGUCUUUCUCCUUCGUCGGUGUUGAGACCGUUGUUAUCACCGCCGCCGAAUCCGUCAACCCGCACCGAGCUAUUCCCAAGGCUGCCAACCGUGUUACCUACCGUAUCGGCUUCUUCUACAUUCUCGGAGCCUUCUUGAUCGGCCUGAUUGUUGACCCAAGAAACACCAAUCUUGUAUCCGACACCGGCAACGCAAACAGCUCUCCUUGGGUUAUCGCCAUCCAAGCGGCAGGUAUCAAGGUCCUUCCCUCGAUCGUCAACGCGUGUAUCCUGAUAUCUGCUUGGUCUGCCGGUAGUUCGUACUGCUGGGUCGGUUCUCGUAUUAUUGUGGCCAUGACCACAGAUCGUCAACUUCCGCAGAUCUUCGGGCGUACAACAUCAAAGGGUGUGCCGUGGGUUGCUGUCAUCACUGCUUGGCUUUUUGGUCCCCUGGCAUAUCUGAGUCUCGGCGCUGGUGGUGCUGCUCAGGCUUUCACCUGGCUUCUUAACCUCAGCACUGUCGCAGGACUCAUCGCAUGGGCGACACUGUGCUUCUGCUACCUCCGCUUCUACCGCGCUCUCAAGGUCCAGGGUAUCAGCCGUGAUACUCUUCCUUGGGCAGCACCCUUCAUGCCUUACACAGCCUGGUUUGGAGGCAUUGGUUCCGUCAUCAUCACCCUCGUUGCUGGAUUCCCUGUGUUCCUCAAAGGCAACUGGUCGACUGCAGACUUCAUUGCCUCUUAUAUCGGCAUUCCUAUCUUCAUCAUUCCUAUUAUUGGCUGGAAGCUGGUGUACCGCACCAAGUUCAUCCGAGCUAAGGGCAUCGACCUGUAUUCUGGUCGCCUCUCAGAAGGCGAAAUUUCAGGACAGGAAUCCGACAGAGAAGCUGUUUAA